AUACAGUAUCUGGUACGAAUUCUUACGAAAUUCUCGGUCAACGCAAAUUCAAAAAAUUCCUUUAAAAUGCAGCGUGAAAACAAUCAAGAACAUGCCGCAUGCUGCUCGCUCACAUUCAAAUCGACACAUUAAAUUCACCUUCUAGCUGCGUUUUUCUCCCAAAAAAACCUGUCAUAGGAUCUUUCCAACAAUAAUCACAAUGAGACUUUUAGUUAAGUUUUUAUUCUGCGUUGCAUCCGUUGCAGUGGUAGCUGGCGCAACGGUUGAUAACCGGUCGCUGCAGGAAGACUCGACAUCGGCACCGAAACCGGAUGAUUUGGAGCCGGCGACGGAGUCACCAACUAAAAACAGUGGCGAUGACCAAACGCCCGAGUCGUUGUUUGGGGAUCUACAGGACGGCACCAAAAGUCCUAGUGACGAGAAAGGGAUCGAUAGUCCCAAAGAAAGCUCAGGUGGAUUUGCAGGGGGUUUCGACGGUAUUGGAACCGAAAGUCCCAAAGAAGGCUCAGGUGGAUUUGCUGGGGGUUUCGACGGUAUCGGAACCGAGGAUCCCAAAGAAGGGGAAGAAACCCCCGUUCCUAUGCCCGAUGAUUUUUCACCGAUCUUGCCACCGAUGAUCUCGGAAGGAAAUGAUACUCAAAGUCCAAAUAAGGAGGAAAGUACUCGAUCUCCUAGUGAAAAUGAAGGUACCCAAAGCCCUAAGUCAGGUUCGAAAGGAGAUGAAAAGGGAUUUGGAGGUAUUGAAAAGGAAGAGGAUGAAACUUCAGCUCCUAAAGCCAAUGAUCAGGAUGAGCCUGCAGAAGCUUCUGGCAUGGGAUUUGGCCAAAGCCCUGUUCCAAAACCUUCCAAAAAGCCUACCGGAGCAAGGUCCUCCAGAGCACCCGUUGCGUCUCCUGUUGCAGCACCGACAGACAAAAACAAGCCACCCACGUACAGCGAUGAAUACAAACAACCAUCACUUCGUCCUGCCACAGCACCGAGUCGUCUUCCAUAUGUUUCGAAGGGAGACGACCCUUUACCAACUGCGUCUGAUGACCUUUUUGGAGAAUGGUUCACGAAUGAUUCCACCAUCGAAGAAAUGGAACACGACAAAAAUGUCAUCAUUGCUCUUUCAAGCACUUUCGCAGUCAUGUUUUUCUUCGCAGUAUUUGUUGCUUAUCAAACGUUAAACAAUCCAAACGGUAUUUGCGCAAGGUAUGUAUUUCGUAACCAAGUAAAGUUGGUUGAUUGAAUAUUUUGUUUUGUGACUAGUGGCCUAAUCAAUUGGUUUCUUCAACUUUAUCUUCCCUCUUUCUUUUCGACACCGCAGUAUUUGCAGGAUUACUGUUGCCUGCUGGUGCGGCAUUCUGCGAUGUAUCUGUUACCCCUGUCGCGCUGUAUGCGGAUGCACCGGCGAACCAACACAAAAGUAUAACAUCCCCGAAGAUGGCGGUUUCUCCAACGACCUAGAACUCAGUUAAUAUGAUAAAAUAGUGCUAGAUCAAUUAUCGUAUUCAUUCUUUUCAAAAUACUCAUCUGAGUUCUCCUCGAUCUCCAGGAACAUUGAUGAUGCAUUAGAGGAGUCUUUGAAUCCAAUAUAAACACGCAUUAACG